GGCCAGUAUGGGUCAGAUGACCCACAUCCUCACAAUGCCCCUCUCUUCCUAGAACAUGCAGAUCUCAUACAGUAUUCCAAGUGGGUUCCGCAAAUCCAGAAAGCCCUCUACAAUAUCCAACCACACCUAUCUCUCUCAGGAAUUGGGGAUUGUCUCUGUUUUGUGGGAGACAGUAGGGGGGAGGCUCUAAAGGAGAGAACCAAGGGCCCAACACAUGUCAGGGAAUGUCACUGGCCAUUACGCUUCCAGGCCUGCCACCCCACCCCCCUCUGUGGCUCUGUUGGCCAGGACUUUGGCCUAGGACGGAGGAGCUGCCUGAUAUGGAAGGAGGGGGGCCUCCAGAGAUAUAAAGCCUGCCAGCCCACUGGAGCUAGAGAGGGUAGUCCCUUCCUGCUCAUUACUUUCAGGUCCCAGACACAGCAUGAGGUCUCGGUUCUUCCUGGCUCUAUCCCUGGUCCUCCUGGUGCUGGGAAAUGAGGUCCAGGGGACCCAGGAAGAUGAGCCAGGCAGCAUGGCUCUGCUGGAAACGGUGCAGGGGUCCCUCUUAGGUUACUGGAUUUCUGCCACGGAGGUUGCCAAAGACCUGUACCAGAAGACAUACCCGACCAGCAUGGAUGAGAAACUCAGGGACAUGUACAGCAAAAGCUCAGCCGCCAUGAGCACUUACGCAGGCAUUUUUACAGACCAGCUCUUUACUCUCCUGAGAGGAGAGUAGUUGCUAUGCAAGCCCCAAGUUAGCGGAAAGGAAAACUGACAGAUAUCGCGCCUCUUUCGCGUCACCUGACCAGGAUGGUCCUACAUCGAUCUGUCCCGCAGCUCCUGUCUUCCUACUCCCAACUCUAGACCAAAUUCUUUCAAUGAAAGAAUAAAUGAGUCAUU